UUGACGACCUCUGCGGGUAGUUUGAGCUGUAUGGACAUGAAUUCUUUGAUGGUUUUUUCUGGGUUUUCUGAGGUUUGUUCGUUAAUGCCGGUAAAGACUAGAUUGUCACUGAAGAAUGUGUUUCUAAGAAGUUGACAAGCAGCCGUCAAACACUGAUAUGAUCUUAACCCCUCCACCACACAUGACAAAUUAAGAAAUUCAAAUGCCAUGCUUAUGUGGGCAACAUUUUUUUGUUUGCCCGUCACUAAAGGUAGCCUAUAGCCACAUAUAAUUAUUAGAAUUUAUUGACCGUUUCCCUUAUUGUAAUGCCUGUUUCUUUUCUUUUCUUUCUUUCUUUUUUAAGUGAGUGCUUUAAACAGCCCAUAAAUCACCAAGGGAUGUUUAUGUUAUCAGCCCUUCAGGAGGCAUGCCGGCUUAUAGGGCGUGUUUAUGUUCCAGCUCCUUUCAUUUUCAUUUUGUAUGAUGGAGAAACGAAAUGAUUCCACAUAACACCGAGACAUUUCAGAGAGAACAAUUGUGGAUCCUUGAUGUGAGCUGUUUUCAUCAUGAUGGAGAAAAUACUGAUGAUUCUGAUCCUCCUCACGUCACUGACAGGCGUGUGUCCCUGGAGAACCAGACAGACAUAUGUCCGGGCAGGUGAAAUGGUGGCGCUGUACUGCCGCCAUGACAGACGUUCUAGUCAUGGUGAUGCCAAAGUGAUCUGGACCAGUUCCAGCAGCCAGGAGAGGGACCUGGCCGACAUGUCCUCAGCUGAGCAGACGCAGAUGGGGUUACUGGUUCGUGGAAGGAGUCUUGUGAUUCUCAGCGCUUCUGUCAACCACCAGGGGAAUUACUCAUGCUUUCCGGGCCGGCUCUGGUUCAGCCUCAUCGUAUGCACAACGCAGUCCAGAGAGUGUGAGGAGAGGACCCAGUACCCUCACAUAUGUUACAGACAGGAGGCCUGCACAUUGAACUGUCCCGAGGUAAACAUACCUGCUGUGAGCAUCACGAAUAUUACCAGCAACGGCAUCAUAUGGAACAAGGAGGGUGAGCCAAAAGACGGCUACUUCUCAAGUGUGGAAGAGAAUGACCACGGUGUAUACACCUGUACCAGGUCUUACCUGUAUCGUAGACAAGAAUAUCACAUGACCUUUACAGUGGUGCUUCAAGUCAAACCGAAGGGAAAAUUUGGACAAGCAAUGAUACUUUCUCCAUGCAGAAAUGGUGUGCUUAAAGUAUAUUUAGGAGCAACACUGGUGGUUGAUUGCAAAGCCGUUAUGUAUUCAGACUUUGAUGACGUGUUGUGGUUCGACGGGAAAUCAGAAGUGGAAACAAACAACAGCUUUCCUGUUUUCUACAAUUACACACGGGAGGGUAAUGCUGCAGAGAUAAAGAUGACAGCAUCUCUAGUCUUCAAAAAGGUGUCAGAGGAGGAUUUAUCAAAAACCUACACCUGUCGACUGGAUGCUGUAUCUGGACCCUCAAGCUUCGUCACCAUCACGUUGGCCCAAAAAGCGCCUAUCUCGUCCCUCUCCCUGGCUCUCGGCAUUGUGGCCGUCAUGCUAGUAAUUGUUGUAACAGUUGUUGUUUCGGUGAAACUGAAAAUGGACAUCGCUCUUUUCCUGCGUGGCACUUUCUGUUGCUAUCGCAGCACCUCAGAUGGAAAGAGCUAUGAUGCCUUUGUGAUGUGUUACAAGAGCGACACAGACGCAGGACUGAAUGAAGAUGACAGAAAAUGCCUGGAGAGUGCUUUGGAAGAGAGGUUUGGUUACACUCUCUGUCUUUAUGAUCGUGACGUCUCACCAGGGAAAGCCGCAGCGGAGGCCGUGCUGGACUGUAUCGAGCAGAGUCGGGCGGUUGUUUUGGUUCCCACCUCCCCAGAUCCUGGACCGGGAUCGGGCCUGCUGAGUGCCAUCCAUGCAGCCCUCGUGGAGCGGCAGACUCGCUUGAUUUUCAUCCAAACGGAGACAACAGAAGCGCCGAGGUCUGGGUCCUUACCGGAGGCCUUACAGCUUCUUGGCGAGGCUGGAGACUGUGUCACGUGGAAGGGCAUGAGCUCCAUGCCGCAUUCUUCCUCCUUCUGGAAGCAGCUACGGUAUCACCUGCCGGCCCCGAGGGAGGCAUCAAACGUGAAGCUUUUACCUUAGACAACUACCCAGGAUGAUAACUGUUACAGCAUUUAGUCAGAUCUAUUGCUUUAUGUUUCUGUCAUUAAGUCAAGGUAUAAUGCAAAAUGGUUGACAACGUUCAUACUAUUUAUAAGAGAGAAUUCAUAUGUAAUAUUAUAAAUCAUUAAGUGUUUUAAUAUUCUCAAGCUUUCUUUGGAGUUACAAUCAACCCUAAAAGUGUGUCUUUCUAAAUGGAACUACUUGUUCUCACGGUGUUCUCUAUUCCUCCUUCACCCCCUUAUAUAUUCCCCUUACUUCUUCAUACAGCACAAAAUGCCAUCACUGCUCACAUCUGAUCAGCUCUUGGUGAUCGGUUGAACCUAAUUAAGCAAAUCUGCCAUUUUCUCUGCAGAUAAUUUGAUUUGCUUGUAACCUAACGACCAGGAAGUCAUGACAGUGAAGCACCAGGAACCUAAACACUAAGUAGUUUAUAUGAACUCAGCUAUUAUUAAUUUGAGUUUUUGUCACUUUUGCCUUUCCUCCGGUAAAAUGUCCAAAUGUGUUCUAUGAAAACGGCCUAUCAGGUGUGGGCACUACAGAGAAUGAUAUAAAUAUGCACUGACACACGUCAAGAUAUUAGUGAUUUGUUAAAAAUGCACUUUCCUGUAGUUUGUGUUCUACCGCUGCUUUUAAAUCUGUAUUAAUACAUGUUUAUGAUAUCAACAAUAUACCAAUGUAUAUGAGCUAUUUAGUCUAGUGUGUUGUCUUGUUUUGAUUCAACAUGUUGCUGUCAAAUGUUCUCAUAAACUCCCUGAAGGCCGACACUGUUAGGGCUGAGCAAGGCGGGAACCCAAAAGCAGCACAAGGAGUUAUUUCAAAAUAAAAAGGUUUCUUUAAUCUUG